AUGUCCGCGCUAACUCAAUCAUUGGCCAAGAGCAAGAGCGCAAUCCGCAUCGCUGAACACUCGGUAAACGUCCUUGAUUUGGAUACCAAAGACCGCAAGGUACUCCUCGAGGGACCAACCGUGGAUCUCAUUGCCCGUGGUAUCGUCAUCCGGAAAGACGUAGCUCUUCGUGCAUUGAUAGCUUCAUGCCAAAAGGCCAAUGAUGCCGUUCAGAUCACGCCCCAAAUCACACGAUUCCACAUACAUGGUCACGCCGAUGAAAGAAGUAUCAAACGCUUGCUUGACGUAUUCACUACAUCCAAGCUUCUUGGCCUUGAUCGCGUUGACCUUGUGUCCGGUAAUCUUCGUAACGAUAUACUAACAUACCAAGCGUGUUUAGUUCUCGGCAUCCACUACACUCACUCUGCACCUCUCCUCGGCACCCUUUGCGCGCUCGUAUCAUCUCGACUUCUCAGUAUUAGCGAGCUCGAGAUGUUGGUACGUCGCUUCCCUCCCACAAACCCUUUAAUGAAGCAUACUGCCAAAGACCUCUGCCGCAGAAGGUUCAAGAAGCAGAUACCCAACAUUGCUGAAUUCAAAAACUGGCUGAACAAGGAAAGCCAAGAAGGACUGAAAAAGACCAUGGCGGCAUGCGACAAAGUACACAAGAUGACAAGGCAAGCAAUCACUCGGAGAAAGUGCGACUGGAGGAAGGACGCUGUGCUACGUCUGUGGGGCGAGGAUGUAGAUGGGGUUUGUGUUGAGGAAGAGGCCGAAGACGACAUGGAACCGGACAAGAUCAAACGACGAGACUCAAAGUUACUGGAGUAG